UUCCCAGGGAGCGGCCACGGUGUUGUCGCAGCCGAAAUGAAGUUUGGCGUGACAGACUAUGCCAUUUUUGUGCUGCUGUUGGUGCUCUCAGCAGGCAUUGGGCUCUUCUAUGCACUUAGCGGUGGGAAGCAGCGCACAGUCCAGGAGUUCCUGCUGGCCAAUCGAAGCAUGACCUUCUUGCCCGUGGCGCUGUCCUUACUUGCCACGUUCCAAUCUGCCGUGGCCAUUCUAGGUGUCCCCUCCGAGAUCUAUCGCUUUGGUACCGAGUACUGGUUCCUUGGAUGCUCAUACUUUCUGGGGCUCCUUAUCACAGCUCAUAUCUUCAUCCCUAUCUUCUACCGCCUGCGCCUAACCAGCGCGUACGAGUACCUGGAGCUGCGCUUCAACAAGGUAGUGAGGGUAUGUGGAACAGUCACCUUCAUCUUCCAGAUGGUGAUCUACAUGGGCGUUGUUCUCUAUGCCCCAGCACUGGCACUUAAUGCAGUGACCCAUUUUGACCUGUGGGUUGGAGUCCUUGCUGUUGGCUGUGUCUGCAUCCUCUACACCACCCUGGGUGGUCUCAAAGCUGUGAUCUGGACAGACGUGUUCCAGACAUUUGUCAUGUUCGCGGGACAAGUGGCCGUGAUUGUGGUCGGCACCAUCAAAGUGGGCGGCAUGGGCCGUGUCUGGCAGGUGGCAUCUGAGCAUGGCAAAGUGUCAGGCAUUGACCUGAAUCCCGAUCCUUAUGAACGUCACACCUUCUGGAGUCUGGCCUUUGGAGGAGUCUUCAUGAUGCUUUCUCUCUUUGGGGUGAACCAGGCCCAAGUCCAGCGGUACUUGAGUUCCCGCACAGAGCAGCAGGCUGUGCUCUCCUGCUAUGUCGUAUUCCCCUGCCAGCAGAUCGUGCUCUGUCUUGGCUGCCUCACCGGCUUGGUCAUGUUCGCUUACUACCAGGAGCACCCCUUGACGCCGGAGCAGAGGAACGCCUCGUCUGAUCAGAUGGUCCUCUACUUUGUCAUGGACGUGCUGCAUGAAAUGCCUGGCCUCCCUGGUCUCUUUGUGGCUUGCCUCUUCAGCGGCUCUCUCAGCACCAUUUCCUCGGCCUUCAGCUCGCUUGCAGCCGUGACGAUGGAGGACCUCAUCCGCCCUUACGUGGCCAACAUCUCCGAGCGACGUGCCACGCUCUACUCCAAGUUGUUAGCUCUGGGCUAUGGACUCAUCUGUCUGGGCAUGGCUUACGUCUCAUCCAUGAUGGGUUCAGUGCUGCAGGCUGCUUUCAGCAUCUUCGGCAUGGUGGGGGGGCCACUCCUGGGAGUCUUCUGCCUCGGCAUGUUCUUUCCUUGUGCCAACUCUGUGGGUGCCGUAGUUGGGUUGAUGGCUGGGCUCGCCAUGGCCUUCUGGGUCGGCAUUGGAAGCUUCCUGGCCAACGUUCAGGCCCAGCCUCCUUUGCCCAAUGGGACCGGAAUCCCUUCACUUGAUGGGAACUUCACUACAGCUGUCAUGACAACGCUGCUGACCUCGGCAACGACCCCACAGAGGCUCACAGGACUGAAGAAGUUCUACAACUUGUCAUACAUGUGGUACAGUGCGCACAACUCCACCACCGUUAUUGUUGUGGGACUCCUGGUUAGCCUGCUCACGGGCCCCAUGCAUGGUGAAGCUGUAAACCCCCGCACUAUUUUUCCAGUUCUGCCACGCCUAUUUUGCUGCCUGCCUCCAAAGUACCGUGAUAAGCUGCGCUGUGGGGUCCGUGACAUUGCAGAGGACGGAAGCUGCUCAGACCCAGCAUCUCUAGUUAUGGAGAAAACCAGCAAUGGGCUGCCAAACGGACGGACGGAGGGCCUGCCCCCAGGGAGUGACACAGAUGAAGUGGAAACGGAUGAAGGAUUUGCCCGGGCGGGUGGGGCUCACGCCUACAUCCUGCGGGAGACGGCCCUCUGA